AGGAGUGACGCGACUGCGCGCGUGGGGCGGGGCCGGGCUGGGCCGCGACGCUGGCGGCUGAGGUUUAAGCGCGACUCCAGCCCGUGUCCCCGCCACCAUGAGUACCAAGCAGGUCACCUGCAGGUAUUUUAUGCAUGGUGUAUGUCGCGAAGGCAGCCAGUGCCUGUUCUCACAUGACUUGGCAAACAGCAAACCAUCCACCAUCUGCAAAUACUACCAGAAGGGCUACUGCGCCUACGGUGCACGCUGCAGAUAUGAUCAUACAAAGCCCCCAGCUGCAGCAGGUGGAGCUGUGGGCCCUGCGCCUCCCUCUUUGCCCUCCUUGGGCUUAAACAGUUCUCAGCCCUCUCCCGACAUCGCCACAUCUGUUAUGAGGACACAUUUGCAUGAACCUGGGAAGCGGGAGAAGAAGACGCUGGUGCUCAGAGACCGCAAUCUCACUGGCCUGGCUGAAGACAAGACUCCUCCGAGCACAGUGAAUAAUCCAGGUGGCUGCAGUGAUGCUCAGACCAGCCCAGAGAUGAAGCCCCAUUCCUACCUAGAUGCCAUCAGGACUGGCCUGGAUGACUUGGAGGCCAGCAGCUCCUACAGCAAUGAGCAGCAGCUGUGCCCCUAUGCUGCUGCUGGGGAGUGCCGCUUUGGAGAUGCCUGUGUCUACCUGCAUGGGGACAUGUGUGAGAUCUGCAGGCUUCAAGUCCUCCACCCCUUUGACCCAGAACAAAGGAAGGCCCACGAGAAGAUGUGUAUGUCCACCUUUGAACACGAGAUGGAAAAGGCUUUUGCCUUCCAGGCGAGCCAGGACAAAGUGUGCAGCAUCUGUAUGGAGGUGAUCCUGGAGAAGGCAUCUGCCUCUGAGAGGAGGUUUGGCAUUCUGUCCAGCUGCAGCCACACCUACUGCCUGUCCUGCAUCCGCCAAUGGAGAUGCGCCAAGCAGUUUGAAAACCCCAUCAUCAAGUCUUGUCCAGAGUGCCGUGUUAUAUCAGAGUUUGUAAUUCCAAGUGUGUAUUGGGUAGAAGAUCAGGAUAAAAAGAAUGAAUUGAUUGAAGCUUUCAAACAGGGAAUGGGGAAAAAGGCGUGUAAAUACUUUGAACAAGGCAAGGGGACCUGCCCCUUUGGAAGCAAGUGCCUUUACCGCCAUGCUUACCCUGAUGGGAGGCUGGCAGAGCCAGAAAAACCCCGGAAGCAGCUGAGUUCUGAAGGCACUGUGAGGUUCUUUAACUCAGUGCGGCUUUGGGAUUUUAUCGAGAACCGAGAAACCCAGCAGGUCCACAGCACCGAUGAUGUCGACGUGACGGAGCUAGGAGACCUCUUUAUGCACCUUUCUGGAGUAGAGUCAUCAGAGCCCUAGUCAGUACUGACCCCGUCAUCUGGGCUCUGCAGUCAACUUUCCAAGGCAGGUCGCGGAAGCAUCUGUCACUGACCCGAGGUGACAUAGUACUGGGAUGUGAGUGCGGUAGUGAGUCCCCAUGAUCUCUAUGUUCCAUUUUCUACGCCCUGGUAAAGGGAAGGGCAUAAGAUAACCAAGUCCAUGGAAUCACUACAUUUAGAGUUGAGCUCUUAGUUGUACCUCCAGCCCUCUACUGGGGACCAGCUAUGCGGUCCAGCUGUUUUAAUUGAUUGCUUUUAAAUGAAAUCCGACUGCCAUCUUU